CGGGCGGACGGCAGGCAGCUCGGAAGAGGAGGAAGGCGGAUGGCGGCCGCGGCCCGGAGCAGAUCGUGAAAGGAGCCUUGUGUCUCCUCAGCACAUUCACACACCUGAAGGGUGCAGAGUUUCAACCUCAUGGUAACACCUUCCUCACCCAGGUUACAGCUCACUUGGUGCCUAGUAUGGGAGAAGAGCAAGCAUGUCUGACCUGUGAGAUCGGUUUUAUUUGUACCUGAUUAGCGACUGAAAUCCCUGUGGUUGGCAGGAAAAGUCAUCUCACUUGUCAGCAGCUUUAUUUGGUGAGGACUGCGAAAUCAGCCAUGACCAGCUGUAUGAGUUGUUAAAGUAUGCAGCUUUGGGAAAAUGCCACAAUGCAACACAACCCAGCUGGUGCCGUAUUUAUCACCAAAGACACCUGGCUGGGGUUGUGGUUAUUGUUCUACAUGAAAUGAGCCAACUCCAUUUCUACAAAUUCUAUUUGCAGUUCAAACACCUCAGAAAAGUGUUCCGGCAUAGAUUCACAUUAACACCUUGGGCUAACUUCCUAGCCAGCCUGUAUGGAGAAGCAGCAAACCUGAAACCUCAAAACACUGCACAAGGUUUGACUUCCACUAGCAGUCAGUGUAUUCCUAAAAGCUCAGACUUGCAAUGUGAUCCCAUCAUUCGGAAAUAUGGAGAAAAAAAGCGAGGCCUUACUAGCUAUACUCUAACUUUAGAAGAGCAGAAAAAAAAUGAUUAUCCCAUAAAAGGCUCCCCUGGAUGUAAGGGCUAUAUAUAUACAGAGUGUGAUCAGCAGAGGACGGACAGCAGCCCCCUCUUUGGUCUGGAUUGUGAAAUGUGCCUGACUGCAAAAGGAAACGAAGUCACUCGUGUCUCUUUGGUGGAUGCACAGGGUCAGUGCCUCUUGAAUGAACUAGUCAAACCUGAAAGCACAGUACUGAACUACCGCACCAGAUUCUCAGGAAUCACAAAGAAAAUGCUUCUUCCAGUGAAAACAAGACUGUCAGACAUCCAAACCAGACUAAAAAAAAUCCUUCCCCAUGAUGCAGUAUUGGUGGGUCAUUCUCUAAAUGCUGAUCUUCAGGCUUUGGAAAUGAUCCACCCCAGUGUUAUUGAUACUUCAUUGCUUUUUGCCAGAAAUGAAGGUCGAAGAUUUAAGCUAAAAUUUCUAGCCAAAGUUGUUUUAGGGAAGGAGAUUCAGUGUGAACAGAAGCUUGGGCAUGAUCCUGCAGAAGAUGCUAGAGCUGCAUUGGAAUUGGCUCAAUUCUUUAUUGAGCAAGGACCAGCAAAGGUAGCAGAACUAAACUUGGAGAUGCUUCUGACAACUGAAAAACUGGCUGAGGUUUCACAGAAAAAAGCUGUGUUACAGCCACAAGGAUGCAGGGUCCAGAAACAGUUGAAUGAGCCUCCACAUUUAUCCAAACCAUGCUUUUCUCUCUCUGCUAGUUUUUUAGACUGCUUGCAGGUGACUGGCCAAAAACCCCUCCUUUUGGGCAGACAGGAAAUGGACUCUUCUGGCCUGUGUCAGAGUAACCUGAGCACUUCAAACAAACAGAUUCUUCAGAGGGCCUUAGAAGAUGUUCCCCUGUCCACAUUCAGUAUCAUUCAGUUCAGUUUGGGUCCAGAGUACCUUGCAUCUCACCUUCUUGCUGGACUUUAUGAAAAGGUGAGAAGCAAGCUGACUGACAUGCUGACAAUUUAUGCAGGUCCUUUUGAAGAAAGCUUUUGUCUGAAGUCUGUGAAAAAAGAAUUUGGGAGAUGUGGACCAAUCCAGUCCCUUACAGUGGUAACUGAAACAUACCAGCCCUAUGUCUGUAUCCAAUACGAAGUGCUGGAAGCUGCCCAGCUUGCUGUGGAAAGCUUAAAUGGAGCUGAGGUAGCAGGAUCCUGCAUUAAGGUCCAGAGACCCAUCACUGCAGCAAUGCUGGACUGUGAUGUUUGGAUAAAGGAACUAGAACUGGACGUAGAAAAUGAAGGUGUGAUUUAUGUGGCGGGUCUAAAGGAGUCAUUAACAGAGACGGACUUGCAAGAAGAAUUCAGCCAGCUGAAAGACCUGGAAACACUGUUCCUGCCAAAGGAUCUCCAGAGUGGAAAGCACAGGAACUGCUGUUUCCUCAAAUUCCAGAAAUCACAGAGUGCUCUGGAUGCCCUUGAAGUUAUAAAUGGAUGGACUGUGAAGGGUAGCAAACUGAGAAGUAGGAACGCUCUUGCUUCAGGUCACCUCUGGAGAUGGAUUUGGCAAGUGAAUCACAGCAAUGGGAAGCAAGGAGGAAACAUCUUACAUGAGAAAAUGGAGCAACUGUCUGACUCUGAGCAGGAUCUAAGGAAAAAGGUGAAGAAGUUAGACCACCAUAUCAAAAAGCUUUAUAGAAGUCUCCAGAAUAACACCCUGUGCAUAGUUCUCUUCCCUGGAGUGAACAGAUCACAGUUUCAAAUUUGGCCACGUCCCUUUAAAAAAAGAUCCUACAGGAAACAGAAUUUACUCCAGCCAUUUUCAAGCAUUACAUUUCCACAGCACUUCUGAUACUGCUGCCCGAAAGAGGAAGCACCGGUCUGUUCCAAGACAAGCAAUACAUUCAUUGUUUCCCAGAGCAAGAAAAUUGGAUCAUACAUGGUUAUCUCUUGGGUAAGUCCGAAAAGGCAAAAACCACUCCUGACACAAAGAACGGCAGAUUCGAUCCUAUCCACCCUUGCUGGUUUUCUGAGGAACUGAGAGAUUGAUCAGCUAGUUGUAUUCACACGUGAGUCAAUGAAAGCCACACGAAGGUGUGCUCUCAUUAUUUCCUUAGAAUUUGUUACUUCUCUGGGAGCACACGCUUAUCAAAAUGCAUUCCUUCCAUAAAGGGCAACUUGAGGCUAAACUGGGGCCUCAAGAUCCACAAGCAAGUACUCCAAGAAAUCCAGCUGGGUCAACUAGCUCUCCCAGGCUGACCCUUCUCCUCCACGCAGCCUGUCAAGGACUUGCAGUUGCUUCAUGCCCUCGAGACCAGCCAGUACAAACCCCAGUUGCGUUGGGUCAGGACCUGAUCCUGCCAAGUUGCAUCCACGGCUCUUGGAACUCGAGUCACUCGGCAACUGAGUGACUCCAACUCCAACCACUCCUGCCAGCCCAUCUCCUUUUUUUAAAGACUAUUUUAACUUACAGAUAAGAAAGCAAGCAUAUUUUUAAGAUAACUGUUUAGUGUGACUUAAAAAGUCACAACUUCAAAAUAUUAAGCACUACUCUGUGAAGUCCUCUAACGUGUAAUACAUAUGGGAGUAUAAAAACAGCAGCCAGCCUUCAGCUCCACUGAUCCUCUGUGCAGGUUUGCCACCUCUGGUCACACGAUCUCCCCACUCAUGGGCCCAGAGAAGAGCAAGAGUCAGCAGUUGUAACUGCAUAAAAUGGCGACAUUCAAGUAAACACACUGCUUCAACAGUAGGCAACCUUUAGUCCAAAUAUAAUUUACGGGGGGGGGGGGGAAGCACUUUACAGCAAGAACAUUGGAGACAGAUGUUUUUUUCUGUCCGUGUGUGAAAUGACAUGUUAUCCGGAAAGGGCUUAUCUGAAGAGUGCAAUUACGCAAAGAUAGAAGCUUUUUAAAAAUAAAAAAAUGGUAUAACCUCCAGAACCUGUUGGAUUUUAAAACCUAACUACAGAAAGACUGAAGAUUGCAACAGUAGCAAGGAACCACUGUAAGGUCAGUGAUUUAAGGCAAGCUGUUAGCAGGACUAGUACGUUCAUGCUCCUCUUACCUAUUGCCUCACACGUCCCCCCCGUCCUCUUGAAAUAUGUGCCCUACAGAUAGUGCAAGAGGCCACACCCCAAAAGCAGCCCUCAAACUGGAAGAAGAAUCUUGUAGCAACAGUUGCUACAGCAUAACAUCUAUUUGCAAUUUGCAAUGACAGUAACUGUGUUGUAGUUUUCUUUGGGGAAGGAAAGAAAGGGACACAGAUGUGUUGCAUGAAAAAGAGACACCACCUAAAUGCAUUCAUGAAUACAACUGAGCACGGAAGCCACUCUGGCAUCCCCAGUACACUUGAGAAUGCUCCAGCUUUGCUCAAGCGUAAGGGUUUUAUCCUGAGCCAAGAUUCUGACCUCAGGGAGGAAAAGGACAUGUGUAGCCUUUACACUUUUGCAGCUCCAAUCUUUGCUGGGUGUUACAGGUCCAGUCCAACAGGGAAAACACAGUAUUUUUAAUCAAAAUACACUCAUGGCACUGCAUCAGGUGGGUUCCUAAAGUUUUUCAAGGGCAAAUGAAAAGCUGAUGACUCCCUUUUGGGGAGCAGCUGCUCCAUCUUCAAUUUAUUGUCAGUACAAGUAGCCUGACCAGGGAAGAGGAUGUGUGAUGAUAAAAGCCCCUGAGCCAUGUGCAAUGUAGCUCUAGUAGGUUACUCUAUUGCACUCCCAAACUAGCACCCAGGGGGACCGACACUUUUGUUUGCAGCUUGACUUGGCUCCCUUUCAAAGGGUCAAUUGCAUGCAGAUUAAAAGCAGUAUACCAAAAAGUAUGGCAAAUAGAUAAUACUUAACUUGGGUCAAUUAAAAAAAAUAGAUUACUUAUCCAGGCAUAAAAUCCUGGGAGAAAAGGAUAGUAACCUUAAACUAUUCAAGUCUAAGAAAAAGAGGUAGAGAUACCUAUGUACUUCAUGGUGAAGGAGUUACAGCCUUCUGUCUUACAAUUUCAUGUGUUUCACUUCAGUUGGCAAUAUAAAACCAAAGAUUCAAUCUUCAAUAGUCCAGAGAGAAAAUGUUAACACUGGUGGUUUUGUUUGCACACGACAAAAUUGAAGCAGACACUUAGCUUUCAAUACUUAUUUGAAAAAAUAUUUAUGUUUUGUUGUAUAUUGAAACACUACCCUGAAAAAUUUUGAGUUUCAGGUUAAGCAUCUUCCUUUUUAAUAUGAAAAGGUAAAUUCACAUGCACACAUUUCGAGCAGAAUGAGCUCAAGGGAAGAACCGGGUGCCCAAUUUACUGAGGAUCUUCUAAAAAAGGAUCACACUGCAGAACACAAGGCUGCAAGACCCAGAAACUCACAAUAACUAUUAUUUCCCAAUGAAUGGGAAUGAUGUAACCUCAGCCAGCAAAUUACAUCAUGAUCGAGGUGGCUAUUAACUACGUGGUGUUUCUUUAACUUUGGUGGGCUUUUUUUUGGAAACAAGGCUUAGAACUGUAAGGAAGAUACUUAAGUGUCAUGAAAAUACUAAGGUCACUAGUCAGUGCACAGCCAUGUCUGGGAACCACAGGUGACAGGCUAGUCCUGGGAUCCAUGGGUUCUUCAGGCUCUGACAGACAUGCAAAGAGUGAAGUAAAAGUCACACAGGCAAAGCUGCUGCUGUCCCCAGCACUUUGAACCCUGCACCUGACAGCUGCCCUGCCCUCAGGAAAAGGGGCUGCAUCUAUUUGCAACCAACCCCAAGUCACUCGCUCGUCAGCAGAGCUCUUAAAUGUGCUUGGCUGAAAAGCUGUAGUGGUUCAGAGGCUGAUUCAUGAGCAGAUCUGCCCUGCCAGCCUGGGGAAGGCAGCGCUUGGCAGACCAAACUGCCACAGGCUUCAGCUGUCUGAUUUUAUGCCACCUGCCCCACCUUCAUUUAUUUUUCCUGUGGUUCUUUCAUACGAUUGCACAGUAUUAAAAAGCUAUAAUUCUCCAUAUAGAAUAGCACCAGCAGCAAGUAAACUCACAAUUCAGCGUUCAAUUUUAAUUAAUUUCCUCGGUCAUGUUUUAUGGCCGGCUAUGGGCAGAAUCUUUCAAAUCCUUACUUGAAUCAAUAAAUAGUCUUUGACCUCAGAAAUGCACCCACACAAGUAAAAAUUAGCACAAGUAAGCCUCCAGUUGAUCUGGGAGCCAAAUUUUAAAGGUGUUGCAAACUAUAAUAUGGCGCAGGUGGUCAGUGUUUUAUUACUAGGGACUAAAGUUUACAGGAGUUGUAUUUCUUUGCGUAUAAGGGAAGGCAAUAAAAUGCCACAGAGUGUGGAUGUCAGACCAGUUUUCCAGUAUAUUACUAUAACUAUCUAUAUAGUUUUCUAUAGUUAUUUAUCUCAAGUUGCAGCAGAUUCACUACAUGCAUAAAGUUUUCUAAUGCAUACUCUAAUUAAAAAAAAAUUAAAUAGCUGCAAUGGUUUCAAGGAUUUCAUCAGCAUCACUGCUCACUACAGUGCUGUGCCCUAUACAAUAAAGAUUUAAAUUAUAUAAAAAUGAAAGCGUGAAUGUAUUUGGCCUGUUCCACAGAUAUUCACAGUUUAACUAUUAAACAAGCAUAUUUUCAGAGGCUCCGGUAUUGUUAAAGACUUCUCACAAACAUGUACAAACCCCCACUCCCACACAGGUACACCAGCAUUACAGAGUACGGUCUAUUCUCGUUUAGGAUCAUAAAAUCACCAGACAAUCCAAGGGAAGGUCUGACACCCUCUCUCACUUUCAGCACUGCCAAAGAAUUGCACCUUCAGCUCCCGGUUCAGGAGUUUAAAACUGAUACAGGUCUGGUUGGCAUUCUGUAAAUGGUAAUUAAAAAAAAAAAGUUAGGCUAAAAAUAAAUGGUACUUUGCUAGAUAUAUCAUUUGGCUAUUUUUGCAGGUAUUCUACCCAAUGGAUGGAGUUGCUUCUGCUAGGCUGAAAGCAGCAGAACAAGAGCAAGGCUGUCCUCUUGUACUGAAAGCAUGGGACUUCAGCCACUGAGAAUCCUAUGUCCUUUCCCUAACAGGAAAUAAGAUUUUCCAUUCCUGUAUAUUCACCACCACCACCUUUAAAAAGAAGCUGUAUUACGUUUGAUACACUAAAACGGCUAAGCCUUGAUGUGCUACGGGUUGAUUUUCUUACUGCUAUCCACAUUCAGACCACUAGAUAAACACCUUCCUUAAAGAGCUCUAUCCCUCAUCCUUUGGAACUGCUGCAGUUUAGCAUAUUAAUCAGUAGCAGCCACUGCCACA